UCAGUGGCUAAGUUCAGUUUAAGGGUCCAGAGCUGAAGGGGUAGGGGAGAAAUUGAUGGUGCUAAGUUAAGAAGAUUUAUUUUUGUUUUUCCCCUAGUCUGCACUUAGAGUCUCAUGUCUAACAUUUAGACAUGAUGAGCUUUGUGCAAAUAACCUCUCUUUUCUGCAUCAUUGCAGUGACCUAUCCUUCCCUAAUUCUGGCACAACAACAGGAAGCAAUAGACGGAGGAUGUACCCAUUUUGGACAAACGUAUGCUGACCGAGACGUCUGGAAACCGGAACCUUGCCAAAUUUGUGUUUGUGACACUGGAUCUGUGCUGUGUGAUGAUAUCAUCUGUGAUGAAGCUGAGCUAGAAUGCGAAAACCCAGAAAUUCCAUUUGGUGAAUGUUGUCCAAUCUGUCCAACCCCACCGAGUCCAACCCCAAAUGGCAGUGGAUCACAAGGAACAAAGGGAGCCAAAGGAGACCCUGGCCCUCCUGGCAUUCCUGGCCGAAAUGGUGACAAUGGAAAUCCUGGUCUACCAGGUCAACCUGGUCUUCCUGGCCCCCCUGGAAUUUGCGAGGGUUGUGGGCAAGGCGCAAUAGGUGGGGGAGAUGGGAUCUACCGUCCUCAGUAUGACUCCAAAUCUGGAUAUGAUUUCAAAUCUGGCUCAGGUCAACUAGGGGGUCAAAUGAUGCUUGGUGCACCUGGACCUGCUGGACCUCCAGGACCACCCGGACCAGUUGGCCAACCCGGAGCUCAUGGUUAUCAAGGGCCCCCAGGUGAAUCUGGACAGCCUGGACCACAAGGACCUCCUGGACCAUCCGGACAAAUAGGACCAAUUGGUCCAUCAGGGAAAGAUGGAGAACUUGGUAGACCCGGAAGACCUGGAGAACGUGGAGUAGCUGGUACUCCUGGCUCUAGAGGACCUCCUGGAAUGGCUGGUUUUCCUGGAAUGAAAGGCCACAGAGGUAUAGAUGGAAGAGAUGGAGCAAAGGGAGAUACGGGAGCUUCUGGACUCAGGGGAGAACCUGGAGCUCCUGGUGACAAUGGAUUACCUGGUGCAGCGGGUCCAAGAGGGCAAGCUGGUGAGAGAGGCCGUCCUGGAAUACCCGGAACAGCUGGUGCACGUGGUAAUGAUGGAGCACCUGGUACUUCUGGACAGACGGGUCCUCCAGGUCCCCCUGGUAAUGCAGGAUUCCCUGGUGGCCCAGGCCUUAAGGGUGAAGCUGGAUCACCUGGACCUCGUGGCUCUGAUGGAUCUCCAGGGGGUAGAGGUGAACCAGGCCCCCAAGGUCCUGUUGGUUCAACAGGAUCUGCUGGUCCUCCUGGUAGAGAUGGCAAUCCAGGUGGCAAAGGAGAAACUGGUCCUGCUGGUAUUCCUGGUGCUCCUGGUUUGUCUGGUGCUCGUGGUCCUCCUGGUCCAUCUGGAACUAAUGGAGCCCCUGGCUUGCGUGGUGCAGCAGGUGAACCUGGCAAAGAUGGUUCUAAAGGAGAGGCUGGUGCAAGGGGAGAACGUGGAGAAGCUGGAACUCCAGGUGCACCUGGUGCUGCGGGAGAAGAAGGAAAAAAAGGAGCGAAUGGUGAACCAGGAACAAAUGGGUUACCUGGAACUCCAGGAGACAGAGGAGCUCCAGGUUUCCGUGGACCCCCAGGUAGCAAUGGAGUACCGGGUGAAAAGGGGCCUGCAGGAGAACGUGGACCAGCAGGUAGUCCUGGUCCAAGAGGUAUUCAAGGUGAAUCAGGAAGAGAUGGAGGCCCUGGUCUACCGGGAUUGAGGGGUCUUACAGGAAGUCCAGGUAGCCCUGGAUCUGAUGGCAAGGCAGGACCCUCUGGUCCUCCUGGAGAAUCUGGACGUUCAGGCAACCCCGGCCCACCAGGCCCAAGAGGUCAGCCUGGAGUUAUGGGCUUCCCAGGUCCAAAGGGUAAUGAGGGAGCACCUGGCAAAAACGGAGAAAGAGGUGGCCCUGGGUCUCAGGGACCACAGGGUCUUUCUGGAAAGAAUGGUGAUCCAGGACCACAAGGUCCACCAGGAGAAGCAGGUCCUGCAGGUGAACGAGGAGAACAAGGAGCAACAGGUCAACCUGGCUUCCAGGGAAUGCCUGGAUCUCCUGGACCCUCUGGUGAGAAUGGAAAACCUGGGGAAGCUGGACCAAAGGGUGAAAUUGGUGCUCCAGGAAACCCAGGCAAUAAAGGAGAAAAUGGUGUACCUGGUGAAAGAGGUGUGCAAGGCUCCCCUGGAACUCCCGGUGCAAGAGGAGGUGCUGGUCCUCCUGGACCAGACGGUGCAAAGGGACCAGCUGGUCCAUCUGGCCCACCUGGAUCAAUGGGACCACCUGGUCUCCAAGGAAUGCCUGGAGAAAGGGGAGCAUUUGGAAGUCCUGGGCCAAAGGGAGAGAAGGGUGAACCUGGUGGCACAGGUUCAGAUGGAGCUCCAGGAAAAGAUGGCGUGAGGGGACUUACUGGCCCUAUUGGUCCUCCUGGUCCUGCUGGUCCAUCUGGAGAUAAGGGAGAUAGUGGCCCAGCUGGACCUCCUGGGCCUACUGGUGCACGUGGCGGUUCUGGAGAACGAGGGGAAACUGGUCCACCUGGUCCUGCUGGCUUUCCUGGAGCACCUGGUCAGAAUGGAGAACCUGGAGGCAAAGGAGAUAAAGGUGGUCCUGGUGAACGAGGAGAGCCUGGUCCUUCAGGUGUUGCUGGACCUGCUGGUGGGCCUGGUCCUGCUGGUAAUACUGGUCCCCAAGGAGCUAAAGGUGAUCGCGGUGCUCCAGGCACAGCUGGCGCUGCUGGUUUUCCAGGUACUCGUGGUUUACCUGGACCUCCGGGAUCUAAUGGAAAUGCUGGUCCACCUGGUCCUCCUGGUGGCCCAGGAAAAGAUGGUCCUCCGGGUGCAGCAGGCAGUGUUGGUGCUCCUGGAAGUCAGGGUUCUGCAGGUCCAAAGGGUGAGCCUGGUCAACCAGGAGAGAGAGGUCAGCCAGGUUCUCGAGGAGAAUCGGGUGCUCCAGGUCCUUCUGGUAUCUCUGGUCCUUCUGGUACCCGUGGCAUUGUAGGAUUACCUGGCCUGCAAGGUAGAACUGGCAGUCCUGGCCUUCCAGGUGUCAAGGGUGAAGAUGGUAAACCAGGUACUAAUGGGUCACCUGGUGAUCGUGGUUCUCCAGGUUCACCAGGUCCCUCAGGUCUUAAUGGCCCUCCAGGAGAAAGUGGACGAGAUGGCAAUCCAGGUAGUGAUGGUUUACCUGGACGGGAUGGAUCUCCUGGUCCAAAGGGUGAUCGUGGUGAAAAUGGCUCUCCUGGUGCUCCUGGAACACCAGGUCAUCCUGGUGCCCCAGGUCCUGCUGGUGCAGCGGGAAAAUCUGGGGAUAGAGGAGAAACUGGUCCUUCUGGUCCUGCUGGUCCUUCUGGACCUGCUGGUGCUCGAGGUGCCCCUGGUCCUCAGGGUCCACGGGGUGAUAAGGGUGAAGCAGGAGAACGUGGUACCAAUGGAAUUAAAGGACAUCGUGGAUUUCCUGGCAACCCUGGCCUCCCUGGUCCUCCUGGCCCUUCUGGAGAACAAGGUGCUGCUGGCUCACCAGGUCCUCUAGGUCCUAGAGGUCCACCAGGAUCUAGUGGUACCCCAGGUAAAGAUGGCACUAGUGGAUAUCCAGGACCCUUAGGCCCUCCAGGUCCUCGUGGUAGCAGAGGUGAAACUGGCCCAGAGGGAGCAUCUGGUCAACCUGGACCACCAGGACAGCCUGGCGCUCCUGGACCACCUGGACCUUGCUGUGAUGGUGGCGGAGCUAAUCUUGGCGCAUAUGGUGGGGAAAAAGGACCAUCAGCUCCAUACUAUGGAGACCAACCAAUUGAUGCAACAGCUACAUCUGAGAUUAUGACAUCACUAAAAUCCAUCAAUAGUCAGUUAGAAAACAUAAUCAGUCCUGAUGGUACAAGAAAGAAUCCAGCUCGUAAUUGCCGUGACCUAAAAUUUUGCCAUCCAGAGCUGAAAAGUGGAGAAUACUGGAUUGACCCCAACCAAGGGUGUAAAAUGGAUGCUAUUAAAGUAUUUUGCAACAUGGAAACUGGUGAAACAUGCAUUAAUGCCAAUCCCAGGAAUAUCCCACAAAAGAACUGGUACAGUAGCACUUCAGAGGUUAAGAAACACAUUUGGUUUGGAGAGUCCAUGAGUGGUGGAUUUCAGUUUAGCUAUGGUGAUCCAGAGCUCCCAGAAGAUGUUGCUGAUGUUCAAAUGGCAUUCCUCAGAAUCCUCUCCAGCCGAGGCUCUCAAAAUAUCACUUACCACUGCAAGAACAGUGUCGCAUACAUGGAUGGAGAGAAUGGAAAUGUUAAGAAGGCUGUGAAAUUCAUGAGCUCUACUGAAAGUGAGCUGAAGGCUGAAGGAAACAGCAAAUUCACAUACACUGUUUUGGAAGAUGGUUGCACUAAACACACAGGAGACUGGGAUAAAACAGUUUUCGAGUACAGAACACGCAAGACUACAAGAUUGCCUAUUGUAGAUAUUGCGCCAUUCGAUAUCGGAGGACCAGACCAAGAAUUUGGUGUAGAAGUGGGACCAGUAUGCUUCUUGUAAAUUUAGGGUAUUACAUAAUUUUAAACCACAGCAAACAAUCAGCACUCCUUUUUGUCCCUAUUAUAAUUGUGUCUCCAAAAUAGUAAUUUAUCUUCCACACAUUGUGGGAAAAGGCAUCAUCUGGUGUACAGACACUAAAUAUUUAGCAAUUACACAAACUAAAUGCUUUGCUCUAUUUUUUGUACAAAAAAAAUCCUAUUUUGAAGACAUCUGAAUGGUGCUAAAAAAGGUCAACUAGAAAGAAGAAAAACACUGUUAAAUGUGUGGCCUAACAAGCAAUGAUCAAUAAAUACAUCACAGUACACUCACCUUCUAACCAAGAUGAAGUUCAUAGUAAACAGAAACGAACUUCCACAUUUCAUCUACCUCAUCAUGGGCAGAAUGUGGGGUGUGUUUGAUGAGGCAUGAGAAUAAGAUCAGCCUAUCAGCCAGUACAGUUAUCAUCUGAAACAAUUUGGCAGGCACAGAUACUACUUUGUAUUAGAUGUAUUGUUUAGAACUGAUAAGUAAAUUCAGUUUUGCUAGGUACUUUUCAUAUGUUUCUGUCGUUGUAAGCCAAGACCACUAAAAUUAAAGGGACGUUUGAAUUUCAUGGUGCUAAGUGCUAUUAUCAACUUUCCUCUCAGAAACUUUGUAAGUGAACAUGGGGGAAUAAAAAGUUUUACAAUACAGGAAAAAUGUUUGUCUUCUGUUUAAAAUCAAUGCUGGCAUUACUCAAUUGUAGUUAGCAUGAUUUGCUGCAAUAACUAGGACACAGUUGGCAGGCAUUAAUCAUCUUUGUAAACUUUUUCAUGGUUGUGUAAAGAGACACAUAAUAAAAAGAUGUAUGAAACUCA